AUGGAUUAUUGUGGAGGUAAACGCUACUUGGUUUUAUUUGUACUCAUCAACAGCGUCUUGAUUUCUCUGCAGACUAGUAAGGAGGAGGUCCUGCUGGACAUGAGAGCUGCGGGCGCCGAGCUGGGAUGGCUGCGCUCGCCCCAGGAGGAAGGGUGGGAACUCCUGCAGACGGUGGUCAACGGUUCCAUGUUCUACACGUACUCUGUGUGCAACGUGGCUGGGGGCGAUCAGGACAACUGGCUGCGCACCACCUUCAUCCAACGGCGCCCGGCCGCCUCGCGUGUCUUCGUCGAGCUGCGCUUCAUUGUGCGUGACUGCAACUCCUUUGAUGGUGCCUCGCUCGCCUGCAAGGAGACCUUCAACAUGUAUGCCGCAGAGUCAGACGCCGAUGUGGGCACCAGCUUCCGCAAGGGCCUUUUCCGGAAGAUGGCCACAGUGGCGCCCGAUGAGAUCUCGGUGCGUGGCGAGCUUCGUGUCAACACCGAGACCAAGGUGGUGGAGUCUCUCUCACACAAGGGCUUCUACCUGGCCUUCCAAGACUUGGGAGGCUGCGUGGCACUACUCUCCGUCAGGGUUUACUACAAAUCCUGUCCUGCCACCGUGCUCGGCCUGGCCACCUUCCCCGACACGGUGGCAGGUGUGGACGGCGUGGCCCUGCGUGAGGUUUCCGGUCAGUGCGUGCCCAACGCCAUCAGCUCAGAGAUGCCCCGCAUCCACUGCACACUGGAAGGCGAGUGGGUGGUGCCAGUGGGCCAGUGCCAGUGCCAGCCUGGGUUCGAAGCGCUCAACAACUCAUGCAGAGCCUGCCAGCCCGGCUUCUUCAAAACGUCCGUGUCCAGCGAGCUGUGUGGUCCAUGUCCCAAGAACACGCAGCGCUCUGCUCCUGGUGCGCUGUCUUGCCCCUGCCAGGAGGGCUUCUACCGUGCCCCCGAGGACCCUCAGACUGCCGGCUGCUCAGGUCCCCCUUCGGCCCCGCGGGACCUGUAUGCCACCUCCAUCGCAGUGGGCAAGCUGCGGCUGUCGUGGCGACCUCCAGCGGACACAGGGGGGCGUGACGACAUAUCCUAUAGUGUGUCUUGUGAGCGUUGUGAAGCAGCCUUGUGCCAGCCCUGUGGGGGUGACCUACGGUUUGAUCCAGGCUCAUCGGGCUUGCAGGAGCUCCGCGUCAAUGUGCUCGGCCUCGAACCAGGGCUCAACUACACCUUCAGAGUGGAAGCACUUAGUGGCGUGUCGCAGUUCAGCAGCAGUCAUGCUGCCACCUUGCUCACAACAACCAUGCUCCACACAGAUCCCCCAAAAGUGACACUGAUCCACCUGGACAAGCAGACAGCCACCAGCCUGACCUUGUCCUGGGCUGUGUCCCAGCGAUCUAUGCUGCGCACUCCACGCUACGAACUCAAGUACCGCAAGAAAGAGGACAACGGCGUAACGGACAUCACCACCUACACGGUGCUGCUUCUGGAGAAGAACACGGUCCAGAUCAGCGACUUGGUCCCUGGCACGGCCUACGUGUUCAGAGUCACCGUGCUGAGUCCUGAGGGAACCCCGAAUGGAGAAGGGAAGGAGCACGAGUUUGAGACGCUGCCGCAGGUGGAGGCCCAGGUACAGAGCAGGGCACCAGUGGUGCUGGGAGCAGCCCUGGGUGGGGGCACUGUGCUGCUGGUUGUGGUCGUGGUCCUGCUGCUGCAUAAACGGCGAAGGGGCGCUCAUACCCGGCAGGGUCCAGAAGACACGUACUUCUCCAGCGCAGAGCAACUGAAGCCCCUGAAGACCUACGUGGACCCUCACACGUAUGAGGACCCCAAUGUCGCUGUCCUCAAGUUUGCCGCUGAAAUCCACCCGAGCCACAUCACAAAGCAGAAGGUCAUUGGGGCAGGUGAAUUUGGGGAAGUAUACUGUGGUGUGCUGAAGAUGCCUGGACGUAAGGAGACAGCAGUGGCCAUAAAGACCUUGAAGCCGGGCUACACGGAAAAGCAGAGACGUGAAUUCCUGAGCGAGGCCAGCAUCAUGGGCCAGUUCUCUCACCCGAACAUCAUCCGCCUGGAGGGCGUGGUUACCAAGUUUAAGCAUGCCAUGAUUGUGACAGAGUACAUGGAGAAUGGUGCCUUAGACAAAUAUCUCAGGGACCACGAUGGAGAGAUGUCGUCCUACCAGUUGGUGGGCAUGAUGCGUGGCAUUGCAGCUGGCAUGAAGCAUUUGUCAGAUAUGAACUACGUUCACCGUGACCUGGCCGCUCGCAACAUCCUGGUCAAUGGUAGCUUAGAGUGCAAGGUGUCUGAUUUUGGCCUUUCGCGCGUGCUGGAGGAUGACCCAGAGGGCACCUACACGACCAGUGGAGGAAAGAUCCCCAUUCGCUGGACAGCUCCAGAAGCCAUCGCAUACCGCAAAUUCACGUCAGCCAGUGAUGUGUGGAGUUUCGGCAUUGUCAUGUGGGAGGUCAUGGCCUUUGGGGAGCGGCCCUACUGGGACAUGAGCAACCACGAGGUGAUGAAGGCCAUCAAUGAGGCAUUCCGGCUGCCAGCACCCAUGGACUGCCCAUCGGCUGUCUACCAGCUGAUGCUGCAGUGCUGGCUUCAAGAUCGCUUCAAGCGGCCACGCUUCGCUGACAUUGUGAGCCUGCUUGACAAGCUUCUGAGGAACCCCGAGUCCCUCAAGACCAUCGCCGACUUUGACCCCCGCGUGUCUAUCCGGCUGCCCAGCACCAGUGGCUGUGAUGGCUCCCCGUUCCGAUCCAUUGCUGAGUGGCUGGAGUCCAUCAAGAUGAGUCAAUACAAUGAAAAUUUCACCCGGGCAGGCAUAGUUACCAUGGAGCAGGUGCUGCAGAUGAAGACAGAGGACGUGAGGAACAUUGGCGUUCGUCUGCCAGGCCACUUGAAGAGGAUCGCCUACAGCAUCCUGGGCCUAAAGGACCAGACGAGCACCCUGAGUGUGUUCGCUGUGUGACACAUACAUGUGCGUACCCACAUGCAACAUGAAAUCGGAUUUGGCUGGUGCCGCGGGCCGGCUGGGGACUGAAUACAACCGGGCUGAGGCUGGAUGGAGAAACAUCCUCAGUCUUCAGCUGCCCGCAGCACACUCUAAGUUGGAGACAUCAUGCAAACCUGCUGAACUUAGCAACCAGAGAAAGAGAGAAAGGCUCUCAAGUCGAGAAGAAGCUAUAUAGACAGGUUUAAAUAUCAGACAAAUAUAUUUUGAUACUGCUUUCUUUUUGUAGAUAUUUUUCAUUGCUGUUCAGAAUGUUUAUAUUUGAUAUUAUAUUUGAUGUUUAGUGGAUGCCUUUUAUUUCCAAGAACAGAGGUAGAGCAGUCAACAGACAUUGAGUUGAAUGCAAAAAAGCAUCUGAGUGUUGGAUGAGUAUGAAUCGCAUCACAGCAGGGGCCUUGGGGCUUUCAGGGAAGGCCACCAGUGGUUUCUGGGCAGACUUGAAAGUCUGAUGACUGUCCCUGUUGGUUUGGAACUGGGAAUGUGGGCUUGACACUGCUGGCUCACCAGAAGGUGUUUCUGCAUGAAUCUACAAGGCAAAGGAGGUGGUCUUUUAAAAAAAAAAAAAUUGCAGACUGCAGAGAACGCCUGAAGUAUGUAGUUGACAAAUGAUGUGGGGUAGGUAGGGUUAGUGCCAUGGUUUUCUUAGUAAGGGAGUUGGAGUCAAACCUACGUUCAGACAUGCAGCCCAGGCACAUACGGCGAAUGUAUACAAUGUAAACAAAAAUGAAUCACAGGAUUAAAAAAGGAAGUAGGAGGUAAGCUGUAGCUGACUGUGUGUGUGUGAGAGAGAGAGAGAGCGAGAGAGAGAGACAUACUUCAAAGGCAUAGAGAACAGGAAUGUGGUGGAGACUGUUUUAGUAGCACUUAACAUUUAAUUAAUCCAUUAAUCAAAAUUUUAAUACUUUCCAUGCUGUGAUUUCCAGAGAUACUGAGGAAGUGGUUUUGACAAACAUGGACUAAAAUAAAAUAGUGGAAUGGAAUUCAGAGAAACCGGGUGCACAGGGCAAUGACCUGACUGCAAACUAACAAAGUUUUUGGGAGGGGGGCACACAAAUGUAAAGCAAAGGGCAUGCUGUAAUUUUCUGAGCAGAUACUGGGGUGAACAGAUGAAGUCAGAAAAUUCAGCUGUCAGAGGUGCAGAGACUGUUGGAAAGAAGGAACAAACACUGUAUUUAGGUGGUGUUUUUACCUCUGGUUUCUCCUUUGUUUACCCUCUGUCCAAAGGGUUUCAUUUUGAGUGUUUGGAAACAUCUGUGCCGAGUUCUCUUUGAAACACAUUCAAGCUCUGUUAUAAGACACGCUGAACAAAGGAUACCCAAGAGUUUGGUUCCAUAGUAAAUUUUGAAAAAUUCCAGUUUUCGUGUUUUUCCUGUCUUCUGCUUAGAUGAAAGGAUGCUAUGUGUUUGGAGCUCCAUUUCAUAUUAAUUCGUGAUUUAUUACAAAGGAGAGAAAAGGUGUUUGUUUCCCCUCUGUGUUCUAUAUUUCAUUAUUUAAAACCUAUUUAUUUUUUGUCAUUUAUUUAUUUUUGCAAUCAGUCCAAAAGAGGGGGGGAAAAAACACUAAAUUGGACUUCAUUGUAAUUAAACCAACUUCCAGUUGAAAUAAA